GGGCGUGUCCGUGCUGGUGUGCAUGUCCUUGCGUGAGUGUCGUUGUGACUGCGUUGGUGCUGUGGUUCCCACACAGAGAGAGAGAGAGAGAGAGAGAGAGAGAGAGAGAGAGAGAGAGAGAGAGCCGCGGGGAGGCAUGAGCAGCACGCUGAUGUGGAUCGAUGCUGGAAGCCGCCAAGAGUCAAAACCCUUUUCUUUUUCCGUCGGAGGAGCGGUGAACAGCUCCGUGCGAAAGAGCUCUCUCCUUUUGUUCUUGGGGCGACGAUUCACCAUCAUCUGCAGGUAGCUUUGAGGUAGCGUUUCUGCACUUCUUGGGUGUCUAUCUGAGCUGGGUAGUAAAAGUCAAGCUUUAGGCAAGCCUGAUAUCCUCUGUUAUGCUCCCUUCUUUUUUUUUUUUCGCUGUUAUGCCCCUUGAUUGGAGCUUCCUUGAAAACUGCCAGUGCUGGCUACACUUACUUCCUUUUUUUCAGCAUUUCUCCGGAUCCGGAGCAAAUCUUGCAAGGGUAUUAUUUCUGUUUCAGAUAGUCAGGACCUCCUCUUCUCUUACUUCCUCCUCUUCUCUUACCUCCACUAUGUUGCCUACCUGGUCUGUUUUCCCCAGGAUGGCGACUCUGGCAUGACGACAAGUGGCACCAAAGACAACUGUGAGCGUUUCUGCACUUAUCGGCUGUGAAUUCGAGCUGUGUAAGAUUAGCCAAGCUAGAGUCAAGCUGGAUAGGUGUAGCGGUGCCCACCCUUCGUGUGAGUCUCUCUCUCUCUCUCUCUCUCUCUCGCUCUCUCGCUCUCUCGCUCUCUCGCUCUCUCUCUCGCUCUGUCUCUCGCUCUCUCUCUACUCUGUCAGUGGACGUGCGGCCAUCUCUCCGGCUCGCACGUCUGUUCCGAUCACUGUUGUUAUCAUGCUUGACUAUGCCGUCCUUGGGAAUUUGAUUGCGGUCACUCAAGUGGCAACGCGGCAAACCGUGAGUAAGAGGAUCUAGAGACUCUCAGCCUCUUGACGUGGGUAAAGAUGCUGGAGUAAUCAAUCAUAACUGACCUAGCACACGCGAGGAAAUUUGUCGAGGUGCUGCUGGCAGCACUCAGAACCUGUCGUUGUUGGGUUCUGGAGUUUUGAUUGAUCUUGUCCAGACAGCAGUGCAGAUGAAGUACAUUAUCGUAUCUGGCGGCGUUGUCAGCGGCCUUGGAAAAGGGGUCACCGCCAGCAGCAUCGGGGUGGUUCUGAAGGCUUGCGGCCUGCGAGUAACCUCCAUCAAGAUCGACCCAUAUAUCAAUACGGAUGCGGGUACUAUGUCGCCUUUUGAACAUGGGGAGGUGUUUGUUCUUGAUGAUGGUGGGGAGGUGGAUUUGGAUUUGGGUAAUUAUGAGCGUUUCUUAGACGUCACUCUGAACAGAGAUAACAACUUGACAACCGGUAAAAUCUACCAGUCUGUAAUAGAGAAAGAGAGGCGUGGUGAUUACCUAGGGAAAACGGUUCAGGUGGUUCCUCACAUCACAGACGAAAUUCAAAACUGGAUUGAGAGGGUGGCUCAUGUGGGAGUGGAUGGGUUGGAAGGGAGUCCGGAUGUGUGUGUGAUCGAAAUGGGAGGCACGGUCGGAGAUAUCGAGUCCAUGCCAUUCAUCGAAGCUUUGCGGCAAUUUCAAUUUCGAGUGGGAGCAGAGAACUUUUGCCUGAUACAUGUCAGCCUGGUGCCUGUUCUUGGAGUGGUUGGCGAACAGAAAACCAAGCCGACGCAGCACAGUGUGCGGGAGCUUCGUGCUUUGGGACUCACACCUCAACUUCUUGCUUGUCGAAGCGCUCAUCCCUUGGAGAUGGUGACCAGGCAGAAGCUCUCUCAGUUCUGCCAUGUGCAGGCAGAGAAUAUCUUGAACGUCUACGAUGUCACUAAUAUUUGGCACAUACCUCUUCUGCUCAGAGAACAAGGUGCUCACAAGGCGAUACUCGAUCACUUCAAGCUUGGACAUCCAUCAUCGCCGAAUCUUGAUGAAUGGUCUGUAAGAACACACAAAUGGGACGGCCUUGUUACUCCUGUGAGGAUCGCGAUGGUUGGGAAGUAUACCGGAUUGGCAGAUUCAUAUCUGUCUGUGCUCAAGGCAUUACAGCAUGCGUGCAUCGACUCUUCGAGGAAACUCAUCUUGGAGUGGGUCGCAGCCACAGAUCUGGAGCCGAACUCUCACGUGGAGAAACCUGAAGCCUACAAGAAGGCAUGGGAGGCACUGAAGGGAGCAGACGGGGUUCUUGUCCCCGGUGGAUUUGGAGAUCGAGGCGUGCUCGGGAAGAUCCUGGCUGCCCAGUAUGCCAGAGAACACAGGGUUCCUUUCCUUGGCAUAUGCCUCGGAUUGCAGAUCGCUGUUAUCGAAUUUGCGCGCUCGGUACUGAAACUGAGUCAAGCAAACAGCACGGAAUUUGACCAAGCAACACCCUGUCCAUGUGUUGUGUUCAUGCCUGAGGUCUCGAAAACCCAUCUUGGUGGGACAAUGCGAUUAGGAGCAAGGAGCACCAUCUUCCAGACAGCAGAAUGCACAACUGCUAAGCUGUAUGGAGAAGAGCACUGCAUCAAUGAGAGACACAGACACAGAUAUGAGGUGAACCCAGAAAUGGUUGCCCAGCUGGAGGAGGCCGGGCUUAAGUUCGUUGGUCGGGACGAAUCUGGCAGGCGAAUGGAGAUUAUGGAGCUUGCAGAUCAUCCCUACUACGUCGCCACACAGUUCCAUCCUGAGUUCAAGUCCAGACCUGGAAAACCUUCUGCUGUGUUUCUAGGUCUUGUACUUGCUGCAUCACAUCAGCUGGAGGCAUACCUCUCUUCGAGAGCUUCGUCCCAGCAACUGGCAACUAGUUGUUGUAAGCCCUUGCCAGUGGUAGACAUGUUGCCGGGAACAGGAGGUGCCAAUUGUCAUCCUGAGUCUUCAGGUUCUCCUCGUGGAGUACAUUGUUCUUGCAAUGGUGCAGCAUCCUGAGUUCGAGUCCACACCUGGAAAACCUUCUCCUGUUUUUCUAGGUCUUCUACUUGCUGGAUCAAAUCAGCUGGGUCGGUACCUCUCUUCGAGAGCUUCGUGCCAGCAGCUGGCGAGGAGCUGUUGUAAGUCCUUGCCAGUAGUAGACAUGUUUCCGGGAACAGGAACGUCAUCCAUAGAGUGUCAGUUGUCAUUCUGAGUCGUCACGUUCUCAACCGUGGAGUACGUUGUUCUUGCAACGGUGCAGCAGGAGAGGCUGCAAAUAAUGUUGGAGGAUGGCAAUGACGAAGCGGCUUCAAGAGAGGAGCGCUUCCUGCCGUUCUAGGCUGUGUGGAGAUGACAUGAUUUCAUUUUGUUUACCUCUGGCUCAGGUUUGGAUGCUACAUCCAGCCGCAGACAAGCUAUAGGCGGUAAUGGGCAGAGAGAAUUUGUUAACCCCUGCAGUCUGCAUCAGACGGUGCUCGUUUCUGGACCACUGAUGAAGUCGUCUGGGAAUCGUCUGUCUAUUCUUGUUCUGGACUGAUUGAAGGGGUCUGAGCCACAUAUGGAGUCUGAUCGCAGCACUUAGCUUUGGUGGUUAUUCUAGGUCGUGAGUUUUUGACAAAAUUUGUGGAUAAGCAUUGAUAAAUUCUCUUGGUAAUUGAUUAUGUGCCCGCGCACACACACUUACUCACACAGACACAGAUAGACAGACACACAGAGAGAGAGAGAGAGAGAGAGAGAGAGAGAGAGAGAGCAGGUUAGGUGAAUUUGGUCUAAUUCCAUGUUAGCUGGUAUCAAAACAAGAAGAGAGAAGUUGGGUGGCAUUGCUUUGCAGGGACACUCCCAUAAAAAGCGGCUGUGAUACAUGAAACUGAUGAGGGUAUAUUUGAUUGAAGACUAUGCGUGUGCUUCUCUGUGCAUGCGCGUCUGUGUGUGUGCGUGUUUGUGUAUUUGGUGUGUGUGUGUGUGUGUGUGUGUGUGUACUGGAUUGUCCGCUGGUUUUAUGUAAUAGCGAGGUAGGGUGUGCAAUCACAAAUA